CAGGGUUUACUGCAACCUUUUCCAGUUUACAGCAGUGAGAUCGUUUUCUGUGUGUUGGCCAUACUUUGGUUUACUCGGGGGUCGGUUAACUUUUUGAGUGUUAUAAUAAGAGUAUAGAGGAGUAAAAAGGAGAAGACCAUCCAGCGAGUGUUGGACACUCUCAUCCACGUCCGGAGCUGAGGUCCAGUCCAACAGACUCCUCUGUUGUCUGCUGACUCUGGCACCGAGUCCUCCAUGAUGCUGUUGUCCUCGCCACACUCCUUCAGGCUGAAGUAUCUGUCUCUGGGGGUGCUGGUGUUGCAGACCACCUCGCUGGUGCUGACCAUGCGCUACUCCCGCACCCUGAAGGAAGACGGCCCCCUUUACCUGGCCUCCUCCGCCGUGGUGUCGGCCGAGCUGCUCAAGAUCCUCGUCUGCACCCUCCUCGUCUUCAAGGAGAACAAUUUCAGCAUGCGGCUGCUGAAGGAGGAGAUUGUGAACAAGCCUGUGGAGACCCUGAAGUUGGCCAUUCCUGCAGGGAUCUACACUCUGCAGAACAAUCUGCUCUAUGUUGCCCUAUCCAACCUGGACGCAGCCACCUAUCAGGUCACGUACCAGCUGAAGAUCCUCACAACAGCACUGUUUUCUGUCUCCAUGUUGGGGAAGAGGUUGGGCUUAUACCAGUGGCUCUCCCUGCUCUUCCUGAUGGCGGGAGUCACUCUAGUGCAGUGGCCCACAGAGUCUGAAGGUGACACCGAGCAGCUGAUCCUGUCGGCAGGCUCCCAGUUCGUGGGACUCAUGGCUGUGCUGAUGGCCUGUGUGUCCAGCGGCUUCGCUGGAGUCUACUUUGAGAAAAUCCUCAAGGAGACUAAACAGAGUGUGUGGGUCCGUAACAUACAGCUGGGUUUAUUUAGCUUUGUGUUUGGCUUCGUAGGAAUGAUAGUGUAUGACGGCGAGAUGGUGAGAGAGUUGGGCAUGUUUCAGGGCUACAACGCCGUCACCUGCACAGUUGUUGCUUUGCAGGCUCUGGGCGGUUUGGUCAUAGCAGUGGUCAUUAAAUAUGCAGACAACAUCCUCAAAGGGUUUGCCACCUCUCUGUCCAUCAUUGUGUCCACACUUAUUUCAUAUUUCCUGUUGGAGGACUUUAACCCUACUGGUGUAUUUUUCCUCGGGGCAGUGCUGGUUAUUGCUGCCACAUUUCUCUACAGCAACGAAUGCAAACCGGCCAGUGGAAGUACCAUCAAAGUAUAAACAGACACCUCUGUCAAGUGUGCUACCCGACAGAAGAGACGACGCACACACAGGACAAAGAGCCGAGUCGGACUUAAUGAUGGGAUACAACCUGUUACUGCCAAAUAAUUACAGCUGAAGGCUGCCCAUCCCUCCUGGCAAAAUGCUGCUAUAUGCACAAAAUAUGUGGAUCAAUAAUAUAUACUGGUUCUUUGUGUAUUUAUUUUUAAAGGUACUUCUCUUGAAAUACUAACAGAGAUUACAACAGAGAUUGUUGCAGUAAAACUCACAUGCUGUAUGAUAGAAUUAUCUCAUGGAAACGUAGCUUUCUCUAAAUGCAAUGUAUGGGGACCAGGAGGAAAUUAUGAUAAAACCAUGGCCUUGUGGAUAUUUGGAAACCAUUAUUAUUUUUAAGUUUGAUAUACUGUAAGGAGUGUAUUUGCUUAACAAAAAAGGCACUCUAUUGAUGGCGCUGACAGCGCCUGCCUUCAAGAGAGGAAACUCCUCGACAGAGCUUCCAUCUAGUGGUGGAAUGAAGAGCUGCAAAGAGGAGGGGUUACCUUUGGUCAGAGAUGCUGAAUGUCCUUUUUUAUAUGAGAUGAGAUGAGAUGGGGUAUGACUGCUUUGACCUUGCUGCUCACAGUCUGAGUAUUCAUAUCAGAAGCACUCAUUCUGCUGUUAUUUAAAUGCAAAAAAGGUAUUUAUGUGAAAACAAAUGAAUAAAUUAAGGCAUAUUUCCAUGCUGAAGCAACCA